AUGCCUUCUCGCGAACUAACAAACCAAACAAACUUGGAUGUUGAAAAAAUUAGAUUAAAACGAUCUAUAAAUUUUUGGGCAGCCACAGCAAUCCUAGUAACAAAUAUUGGUGGAUCAGCAGCAUUUAUUUCUCCACCUGCAGUUUUACAAUAUGCAGGAUCUCCUAUGUUAGCACUGAUAGUAUGGUUGAUUUCUGGUAUUCUUAAUGGUGCUCUUGCCUUUUGUUUUCUGGAAGUAGCCCUGUUUUUACCAUGUGCAGGAGGAGCCUAUUUCUAUAUAAUGGAAGUUCUUGGUCCUUUUUGUGGAUUUAUUUUUCUGUGGGGAUUUGUAAUUCUUAUUAUUGGUCCAUCCUGGUCUAUAAAUGCCUAUUCAGCUGUUCUGUAUAUUUUAAGUGCUAUAGUUCCAGACUGUGUUUUCCCUGAUAUAGCUGUUAAAUUGAUUGCUGUGUGUAUUCUGUUAUUAUUCAUUGCACUUAACUGUACCUAUGUGAAGUUUGUUACUAAAGUUCAAGGGAUAUUAAGUGGUGCUAAAAUACUUGCUUUAUUAAUUAUCAUAGUGGUUGGAUUUACUCAGUUUAAAGGGACAGAAAAUUACCUGUCUGAGAUAACCCGAGUAGAUAGUAUAGAUCCUGGUGGCAUCGCAUUGGCAUUUUUCUCAGGAUUUUAUAACUACGGUGGUUGGCCUAUUGUUACUAUCCUAAUUGAAGAAGUUAAAAAUCCAACAAAAACAUUAACAAGAUCUAUGAUGUUAUCAAUAACACUUGUAACAGUUUUAUUUGUAUUGGUAAAUUUUACUUAUUGUAUUCUGCUGACUCCUCGAGAAAUUAUAAAAUCAGAUGCUGUAGCUGUGGUUGCCAUGCAGCACAUUCACCCAGCUCUUGGCUUCACAAUAUCUAUACUAGUUGCAUUAUGUUCUAUUGGGGGUUUAAAUGUGCUCAUUUUGGGUCAACCAAGAAUAUUGUUUGCUGCAUCAAGAGUAGGACAUAUGCCCAAGUUGUUUCAGAUGAUAAGUUGUAAAUAUUUAACACCAUGGCCAGCUAUAAUAGGCUGUAGUAUUCCAGUUAUGUGUGUAUUAUUAAGUGGCAGUAUUGUAUCGUUUAUUGAUUUUAUGAGUUUAUUUGCAUCAAUAAUGAUAUCUACAGUGUUAGUGUGUUCACUAUAUUUACGAUAUAAGUUUCCAGAUGCUCCUAGACCUUUAAAGAUGCCUAUAGUCUUACCAAUAUUGAUGCUUAUUCUGAUAUUAAUAUUGAUAGCUAUGUCUGUCUAUAGAAAACCAAAAGAACUAGGAAUAUGUUUAUUAUAUUUAAUAAUGGGUAUACCUGUGUAUCUUCUUGGUGUCGUGUGGGAGAAACCUAAAAAAUUCUAUAUUUUACAAGAAAAUGUGACAUAUUUUAUCAAAAGAUUAUUGAUUUUAGAGAAGUCACAUUCCUGAUAAAAGAAAUAGAAAACAGAUGAAUAUAUAAUUAUAACUUAUCAAGUAGUUGAUAAUGAGCUUUUUAAACUUAAAAGGGAACUGUCUGCAAUUAUGUAAGUAAUAGGACCAAAAAGACUUAACUCAAUAUAGGAUUAUAGAUGGAUCUAAUGGCACAUUAUUAUUAUUAUUUCUUAUGACCAUGACUUUUGGUCAUUGGUAAAUGGCAUUUCAUUUCAUCUUGCCUUUAUGGUUUAGUUUUUUAUAUUUUUGAGAACAUUAUUCUUUUAAAUGUUAAGUCAAGUUAUAUUUUUAAUACAAAUCAUACAUGUGUAAUCUACCGAUCUUGUCGGGUUUCUACCGCUUUUGCAUGUUGUCUACCGCUCUACCGGCGGGAUACCCGAUUCUACCGAUUUUUGUUUUUUUUCCUGAUUAAAUUUUCACGGGACCUAC